UCUCUUCUACCGUCGGAUUACGAGCGAGGCACAACGCCAAAGGACGGUCACCGAGACAUAAAACGUCGAAUAAAGACUAAUACUUGCCAAUCCUUUAACCUAAGCUUCAGGUUCCAGCUGUCACCCCGUUCCCUCUCUGUAAACCUGCUUUGUACGUGAGUAGAGAAGACCUCCCUUUAACUAAAAAAAAAAUGGAUCAAUCUUCGCCAAACCAUCAGCAAAGAGGAGCUCCUCAGCGUGCCGUACCUGCGGCAGCCUUCAGGCAGGGUAAUGCUCCCACUGUGGAGAGAGGCAUCAUCAGUGGAGACAAUAUCCAGUUUAGGAGGCUGCGGCGUAGUACACGGUCAGAGAGCUCUGGUGCUGAGGAAGAGUGGCUGAGCUCCUCCAUGGAGGCAAACAAGUCCUAUGGCCAAAGCCCAAGUCACCAGGUUGACGGAGUCUGGUACAACCGUAACUCCUAUGAGCAGGUGGAGGGCAACUACCAACGUCGCCUCGCCUCCAAUAACAACGGACCACUGUCUUCCUCUCCACGGAGUCCAAACACCAGAGGCUCCUUGACCUUCCACUCUAGACGCGCCAACACUCAGUUGCAGGAUCACGGCCACCCUGUCACCACAGUGAAGGCCUCUGGUAUCCCUCACCGCCAGUCUAGUAGAGGCCGCAAUCGCACCUCAUCUGAGACCGAGCAGGGGAGAAAAGGCAGCAGGGGGCCUUUCCCGAGGAAGAGAGGCUUCUCUGAGACGGAAAACAGGCCCAGAAGGGACAAUACCAACAUGAGUGGACUGCAGUGCCUCGCCACAGAGAGUGUCUGGUUCGAAAAACACCACUACGAUGAGGCGGAAAAGCGAUUCUACGAGGGAGUCAAUGGUCCCUCCACCCCACAGCAGAAGGACAAAGAUGCUAAUGCCAUCCUGCAGGACAUUGCUAAUUCCCGAAAGACAAUCCAGCAGUCCCUUGACAGAGUGAAAACGGCCCUGCAUCAGGCCAAAGGGCGCCAGCAGAAGAGGCAGCACAGAAAUUCAUCCUCACAUGCAGGAGGAGACCAGGAGCUGGUUUCACGCAUGAAGAGCCUUGAGCUGGAGAACCAAACUCUGCACAAAGUGGUGGAGGGUAUGAGAGCAGCCCUGCUGAAGUUGGAGUCCAGAGUAGCUGUGCUGGAAAAAACCCCUGCGACAGCAGCUGUGCCCUGUGUUAAGGCUGCACCAGUCCAGGCUACAAUAGCCAAAGAGGUGAAAGUAGAAAAUGGUGACGAUGAGGACGACGACGACGACAUUGACUUGUUCGGCAGUGACGAAGACAACGAGGAGGCAGAGCGCCUCAAGCAGGAGCGCCUGGAGGCCUAUGCUGCAAAGAAGGCCAAGAAACCCACCCUCAUUGCCAAGUCCUCCAUCGUGUUGGAUGUGAAACCUUGGGACGACGAGACGGACAUGGCAAAGCUGGAGGAGUAUGUGCGCUCGGUGCAGAUGGACGGGCUUCUGUGGGGAGCGUCCAAGCUGGUGCCCGUGGGCUAUGGCAUCAAGAAGCUGCAGAUCAACUGUGUGGUCGAGGAUGACAAAGUCGGCACAGACAUCCUGGAGGAGGAGAUCACCAAGUUUGAGGACUUUGUCCAGAGUGUAGAUGUAGCUGCCUUCAACAAGAUCUAAGCCCCACAGUUCUGCUCCUCACUUCCAGGUUUAAUAAAUCAAAGAUUUGAGCACA